GAGUGAGUUCAGAGUAGCCCACCAAUAAGUAAUAGUAGUAGAAAAUCGAUCGACUUGUUUGUGUCAUUUUCAAAAACAUUUCAUCAAACACGAAUUGACAAGUCGCUUAAAUGAGGGAGGACAAACCCAGCCUGCUGCUCUCCUUCCACACUGAACCCAAACAAGAGCCACUGGAUUCUGAUUGCGACAGUGGAGCUCAGUGUUCAUUGGUGGAUUCAGAGAUGACAUCAGUGAAGCAGGAAGACUACAAUCAAACACUGGGACUGAAUGAUAUUAAAGAUGAAGAGAAGGAGGAGGAGAUAGGGGAUUUAACUAACAAAGAUGAGAUUGCUGCUGAAGUGGAGACAUUUCCUGCAACUGGAGAGAAACAAAAGGAAGAUUACAAAGACAAGAAGCCUUAUUCCUGUUCUGACUGUGGGAAGAGUUUUUCUCUGUCAGGUCACCUUAAAGCUCAUCAGCGCAUACAUACUGGAGAGAAGCCUUUCUCCUGUUCUAAAUGUGGGAAGAGUUUCUCUCAGUUAGGCAGCCUUAAUACUCAUCAGCGUAUACAUACUGGAGAGAAGCCUUACUCCUGUUCUGACUGUGGGAAGUGUUUCUCUAAUCUAUGUAACCUUAAAGUUCACCAGCGCAUACAUACUGGAGAAAAGCCUUACUCCUGUUCUGACUGUGGGAAGUGUUUCUCUCUGUCAGGUCACCUUAAAGCUCAUCAGCGCAUACACACUGGAGAGAAGCCGUACUCUUGUUCUGACUGUGGGAAGAAUUUUUCUCUGUCAGGUCACCUAAAAGCUCAUCAGCGUAUACAUACUGGAGAGAAGCCUUACUCCUGUUCUGACUGUGGGAAGAAUUUUUCUCUGUCAGGUCACCUUAAAGCUCAUCAGCGCACACAUACUAGAGAGAAGCCAUACUCCUGUUCUGACUGUGGGAAUAGUUUCUCUGAAUCCAAAACCCUUCUACAUCACCAGUGUAAACACAGUGAAGAGCAAAUUCACUUCUGUUCUUACUGUAGGAAUUCUUUCUCAACUCUAGUUUCCCUUAAAUCUCAUCAGUGCAUACAUACUGGAGAGAAGAUGUAUUCAUGUUCUGACUGUGGGAAGGGCUUCUCUCAGUUAGGCAGCCUUAAAACUCAUCAGCGCAUACAUACUGGAGAAAAGCCUUACUCCUGUUCUGACUGUGGGAAGGAUUUCUCUCUGUUAGGUAACCUUAAAGCUCAUCAGCGCAUACAUACUGGCGAGAAGCUGUACUCCUGUUCUGACUGUGGGAAAAGUUUCUCUCAGUCAGGUAACCUUAAAGUUCAUCAGCGCAUGCAUACUGGAGAGAAGCCUUACUCCUGUUCUGACUGUUGGGAGAGCUUCUCUCUGUUAGGUACCCUUAAAGCUCAUCAGCGCAAACAUACUGGAGAGAAGCCAUACUCCUGUUCUGACUGUGGGGAGAGUUUCUCUGAAUCCAAAACCCUUAUACAUCACCAGAGUAAACACACUGGAGAGAAACUUUAUUCCUGUCCUGACUGUGGGAAGGAUUUCUCUCUGUUAUGUAACCUUAAAGCUCAUCAGCGCAUACAUACUGGAGAGAAGCGUUACUUCUGUUCUGACUGUGGGAAGGGUUUCUCUCAUUUAUGUAACUUUAAAUCUCACCAACGUAUACAUACUGGAGAGAAGCCUUACUCCUGUUCUGACUGUGGGAAGAGUUUCUCUCAACUAGGUGGCCUGAAAUCUCACCAGCGCAUACAUACCUGAGAGGAGCCUUAAGGGUAAAAUACACCUACUAAAGGCCAUCCACCCACCCAGCUCCCAUUAAUUUCAAAUGGAUAUGUAGCGUCAACAAGGCAUUUGUGUAGCGGGAGGCUGAGCUGCACAAUUCAGACUUUCGGAAGCCGUUAACUUUUGUGUCACCUUCAUUAUUACCCUCCUAUAAUUAAACACCAGGGUUUCAGUAGGGUUUUCCUGGAAUCUCUUGUUGGACAACCUAAGUUCAAUUCCAAAUCACCUUCCACCAUUUCCCGGCAAACAAAUGUUCAAUCCCAAAUCAGGGUUUUUUCCUGCAUUAAAAUCUCAAUGGCGACUGCAUUCCCCAAAUCUCGAAACCAUCUCUGCAUGGUAAAACCCAAAAUGGCCCUCACACAUAAAAUACCAGUGAAACAGUGCAGCGAAAGUCGAAUGUGUCUUUUUAUCCAGACAUGCUUGGGUGUAAACUUAAUAACACCUUAACUGCAUCCAGUCUGCAUAGUAUUGUUACAUUUCAUAUGAUGUCUAUUACCCAAUAAUUACAGAUUUCUUUUAAAGAGAGUUUGUGAGACAAAUGAGGGUAGCUCUUUGAGACAGGAGAGAACCCUUAAUUAAGUUAAAAAAAAUUCUCACAUAGCCUUACAGCUCACCAGUGCAUACAUACGGGAGAGAAACAUGUAAUUAGCAUUUGACUGACAGUUAGGGGCCUUCACACAGAUGGGGAAUGUGGUUUGUGACAUUUUGGGGAAUUGCUGAUGCAACUCUUAUUAAAUAAGGUUUGGCUUUGAAGUUAUGGGAAUGUGUGAGAGGGGAGGAUGGUCAUUGUCAUGAAGAGAUCUGUGAUUGAUCUGUAUGGAUUUUAUAUUAUAUCCCCUCUUGGUUUCUUUUUUUUUUUUUAAAUGUGUCUUUUAAAAAAAAGAAUUGUAUAGUCCUUUUGUUAAUUAAAUCUUUAUUAAUCUC